UGUUGUCUGCUGUGUGCUAAUAAAGUUUCUCCAACCACGUGAUCACAACCGUAAUGGCUGCGUCCUCGUGUCAUGCGUGAAUGUAGUGGUAGUGACCACAGUUCAAUAUUUCAAGAACCGGCGAAGAUCAAAGACGAUGAAGACAAAAAACAUGAAGGUGAAAAACAAGCGGCUGUCAUCGAGGCUGCAGAAAUCAGGCAAGAGGGGCAUCCAUGUGAGAGGCAAGUGGAAAGCAGUGGAGCUGGACCCCAGCCUCUUCUCCGAGGAGGGCAUGGGGGAUCUGGUGUGUUUUGAAGAGCUGACAGAUUACCGUCUGAUAGACACCGAGAAGGCUGCAAUCAAAGCUGCCAAAGAGCUCAAAAAGGAAAAGAAAAAGGCUAAGAAACGAAAAACAAGCGAGGCAGAGGGGGGCGAAGGGGAGGAGAGCACACCUGAAACACCUAAGAAACCAGAAAAAAAGAAGAGGAAGAAGAAGAAAAAUCAGAAGUUGUGUGCAGAGGAAUCAACCAAAGCAGACAAACUCGCUGAUGAUGAAGUGAAAUGUGAGGAGACAGCGACUGAUCAGGAGAGAGGAGAGGAUUUGGCCUCUAAAGAUGAUUCGAAAGAUUCAGCCGUGUCUUCUGAAAUGGAUUCCCGGGCGCAAUCACAGAGUUCAAAGAAGAAUGACAAAAAGAAGAAAAUGAGGAAAAAGAAGCAGAGGGCAGAAAAAGACACAGCCGCCAAGGCACAGCCAGAGCAGGGGGCAUCACCAGAUCCUGAGCAACCUUUAAAAGACAAAGUGACAAAACUCGCCAAAAAGCAGGCAAAGAACUGGACAAAUGCUGCCCUGUCUGGUUCUGAUGAGAAAAACGCUGAUGUGAGUGCGUGGAAGGGCCUGUUUGUUCCCUCUCCAGUGUUAAAGGCACUGAGCAGCCUGGGAUUUGGUUCCCCCACCCCUAUCCAAGCCCUGGCUUUACCCUCAGCUAUCAGAGACCACAUGGAUAUCGUGGGGGCAGCUGAGACAGGAAGUGGUAAGACUCUGUCAUUCGGUAUCCCCAUGAUCCACACCAUCCUGGAGUGGAAGAAGAGCUCUGAAACACAUGCAGAUGACCAGACUGAGUCAAUCACAAAGGUGGAGAGUUUAUACCUCCCAGAUGUGAACGAGUCUUCAAAGGAAGAUAAUGGAGAAAGAGAGACUGAGGAAGCAGAAGGUGAAGGUGUUACAGAUGAACACCAAGUUGACACGGAUGACGAAGAUGCCAGCGAGGAUGACGAUCAAAGGCUUGGAUGUGUAAAAGUGAUUGAAAAUACCGAGUUUGACUUUGAUACAGCUGCUGACGGAGUAGAAACAUCUGCCGCUGCUAAGAGUCAGCCUCUGCUUGGGCUGGUUCUGACCCCAACCAGGGAGCUGGCUGUUCAGGUCAAGCACCAUAUUGAUGCUGUCGCAAAAUUCACUGAUAUAAGAACAGCUAUAGUGGUGGGUGGAAUGGCACAACAGAAACAGAGACGGAUGCUGAAGCGCCGGCCAGAGAUCAUUAUUGCCACUCCAGGACGCCUGUGGGACUUGAUCAAGGAGAGGCACCCGCAUCUGCUGAACCUGAGACAGCUCAAGUGCCUUGUCAUUGACGAAGCAGAUCGCAUGGUAGAAAGAGGUCACUUUGCGGAGCUGGAGAGUCUGCUGGAGAUGCUCAACACCAUUCACUUCAAUCCCAUGAGGCAAAUAUUUGUGUUCUCCGCCACCUUGACCAUGGCCCACAGCUUACCCACCCGCCUCUUGCAAAAAAAGAAGAAUUUGGACCAGAGGAGCAAGUUGGAAAUUCUCAUGGAGAAAGUAGGGAUGAAGUCCAAACCCAAAGUCAUUGACCUAACCCGGAAGGAGGCAACUGUGGAGACCCUGACCGAGACAAAGAUCCACUGUGAAAAGGACGAGAAGGACUUCUUCCUCUAUUACUUCUUGCUCCAGUACCCUGGGCGCACCAUGGUGUUCGCUAACAGUAUAGACUGUAUCAAGAGGCUGAACUCUCUGCUGGUUAUCCUGGACUGUACUCCACUGCCUCUUCAUGCCAACAUGCACCAGAAACAGCGGCUAAAAAACCUGGAGAGGUUUGCUGAGAGGGAAAGUUGUGUUCUACUGACAACUGAUGUGGCAGCAAGAGGACUAGAUAUCCCCAAUGUCCAACAUGUUAUUCACUACCAGGUUCCAAGGACAUCUGAGACCUAUGUCCACAGGAGCGGCCGAACUGCGAGAGCCACCAAAGAGGGUCUCAGCUUGCUCUUAGUCAGUCCUGAUGACAUGAUGAACUUAAAAAAAAUCUACAGGACUCUUGGUAAGGAUGAGGAGCUUCCCAUGUUCCCUGUACAGACCAAAUGCAUGGAAGCCAUUAAGGAGCGGGUAAACUUGGCCAGGAAGAUUGAGAAGGUCGAGUUCCAUAACAGCAGGGAAAAGCAGCACAACGCCUGGAUCAGACAAGCAGCAGAAGCCCUAGAAGUGGACGUGGAUGAUGAUCUUCUCCUUGGCAGAGCAAGGGACGAGGAAGGCGACCAACAACAACAGAAGAUGGUAAAAGGGAUGAAGAAGCAUUUGAAGCAUUUGAUCUCCCAGCCUGUGUUCAAGAAUGUGAUAAAGACCAAGUACCCUACCCAGAUGGGAAAGCUCUCCCUGCCGCAGAUGCCUCUUGCAGGGGUGGAAAGUGCCCUGACCAGUGUCUCAGCACAGAGGGAAAAACAGAAACAGAGGCACAAGAAAAAACAGCAGCACAAGUGACAUGUUGAGUAAAUCUGUAUUAAAUAAGGCAAUAUGUGACACAAUUUUUUAAUUAAUAGUACAAUGUUUUCACAUAAAAUCAUUUAAAAAU